CCUGUCAUGCCAGUAUCACAUGUUGGGUUGACUGUUUCUCACGUACCUUCUGCGUGCUCCUUCUUCCUCUCAGCACUCCAACCUCUCGGAUACAGAUACGUCGGAAACCAAGGUGAUUCUGUUGGGUUCGGCACUGACGACGCUGACUUCUUUCUGAGCCCUGAACUACCUGGUAUUGCUCGUAGUAACGCGCAUGUGGCAUUUUCCGCGACCAGCAGAUCGGCGGUGAGAGACUUUUACGCGGCUGCACUCACCGCUGGCGGCCAACCGAAUGGUGCGCCUGCUUUCAGAGGCUGUAACGAUUGCAUAUUCAACGCUGCAGUGCUCGAUCUAGAUGGCAACAGCAUUGAGGUUAUCUACCACCAAGUGGACGAUGAGGACAGAUACACUACUACAUCAGGAGGCAGCCGCGUUCUGACAUGGAGAAGAGGCAUAGUAAAUGUCCUGGGUGAUGAGGACAGAACAACUCUCGUGUCAACACCACCAAAAGAUGUAUCUCCAUCAAGCGUCGUCGAAGAAACACCUCGAUCCAAAGCUCCGAGUGUCACCAGGAGUUCGUCAACACCCACCGUCUCAACUUCAGACUCAGGGCCCGGAUUUCAGAUUACUGGCAAAGCCAUCAUAGGCACUAUCCUCGGAGCAGCAGCUGGUGCAGCAGUCGCUUAUGCAAUGGUAAAGAGCGAACAAGAUAGUACGCAGCAAGAAGCAGAUUUCGCCGAGGCCAUGAGUAGGAAAUCUGCUUCGAGUAGAACAUCCAGUAAGGCAUCUAGCAAGAUGGUCCCGAGUCAAGCUCAGACUAGCAAGGCGAAGACUGUAUUGAGCUCCGCGACAACGAGCAAGACAACGAAAACGAGCAGAGUGCCCGAACGGGACGCUGAGACUGCGCCCCCUCGACCCAGAACACGAGUACAUCGCAACUAUAGCACCACAGAUUCUGUGGUCGCGUCCAGAGUAAUGGAACAAUUCAGCGACGUCGAGUCCAAAGUCUCACUUCGAUCACGCAAGACACGCUCGGUGCGAGCCAUUGAAGCAGCGCCCGAACCUCAGACAAUCGGUACCAUGAGCUACCACAGUCUCACCUACGUUUCGUUAGCACCAACCUCGAGAGCCAGCAAGAAGCCUGAAAAUUCCGAGGCAGUCUAUCUACCAGCGUCGCAAAUGGUUGUCCAAAACCCAUCUAGAUCUCAAUCUAGACCAUCCUCGGUAGCACCAACCGAGAGGCAGAUCGAAUACAUCCCGGCGUCCAGAGUCAGUCAACGGCCCCCUAUAGUAACUCGUCGGGCAGUCACAUCGCCCCCAUCUAUCUGCAAUACAGACCGCCAAAUCGAAUACGUCCCGGCACAAGUUCAAGAAUGGCCGCCACACGACCUUGUGGUUGCACGUCGGGACAGUGCUAUGAGCAUGUACUCGGCACAUUCGAGCAAGAGCAAGCAUAGUAAACAUUCUCACAGAGACUCACCUAGAGGUCAUCAAGGUGAGGGAGGGNAUGUCUCUUCUGACCGAGCCAGCAGGCACUCUCAUCGGUCUAGCAAGCAUCGAGAACAUUCGACUGUCAGUCGUCGAAGCGAUCACCGAGCGAUUUCCCAGGACCGAUCAAGCAGACAUCAUGAUCCAUCUAGCCAUCGCUCUCUGACAUCGACGAGAUCAUCGAGACAUGGAUCUACUAUUCGCAGAGAUGAAUCGCCAUUUGAUGGUUCCGAUACGAGCACCAUCAAGGCCAGUCAAGUCAACAAAUCACGUUGUGAUUCUGCCGCUGGUGUACCACUACCAGGAUCUCGCAAGACAUCGGUCGUCUCAGCAGCAGAGCUUCCCUUGCCAGGUUCAAGAAAGACUUCAGUAGUGUCUGCCGCCGAGUGUGCAUUGCCAGUCUCAAGAAGAACAUCGGUUGUCUCAGGUGCAGAUAUGCCGUUGCCAGAUUCCAGAAGACCAUCCCUGGUGUCAGCCAUUGAUAGACCUUUACCAAUGUCCAGGGCAGCUUCUGCAGUAUCAGCUCACCAGAUCGCUCUGCCAGAGUCCCGAGCAGGAAGUAUUAUCGGCAGCAUCCUCGGACGUCAAGCACCAGUACAUGAAGGAGUAUCAGCCGCUGGUGUACCAUUGCCAGAGUCACGCAAGACCAGCAUCGUAGGCAGUCUCCUCGACAACGACCCAAUACCUCGAAUCGAUGAUCUUGAGACUGUAGCUCCAGAUGACAGCAUAUCCUGCGUUGCGUCUCGUCACACGCGCCACAAACGCGAUGAGUCUCGCCAUCGCGAGCGCAGCCACGACCGCGAGUCCAGAAAAUCGAGUUCAAGCAAGAAGCAUAGACCGAGAUCGUUACACGGCGAAGGUUCGAGACGAUCUGGCAGACACUCAGAAGCGGAUAGCGAUGCUACGGUGAAGCCAUCAAAGAGCAGUAGAUAUAGUGCUGCUAGUUCGCCUGUGCAUGCUAGAAGCAGAACUGGUAUCGAGAAGGACGAGAAGAGGGGCCAGAGAAGUUUUGUUAGCGUUGCUUUCGGUGGACGAUGA